GCUCCAUAAGAGGCGAUUAGUGCAGCAUUUCCUCUCAAGCAGGGGUUGUUGGGAAGUGUAGUGUUUUGGACAGUCUCGGCUGCUUCUCAGGAGCUCCCGGGAACUACAUUUCCCGUUUACAGGAGCCGGAGAACAACGGAGCUUUCUCUCUAUCCGCGCUGGCUGCGGCCUUGCACUAAGCGAGAAAGAGGGAGGCUUGGGGGAGGGGCGGCGUUAGGCCCAAGGCCGGCUGAGGCCCGGAGCUGGCGGGGGAACGGCAGCUACACCAGAGGCGAAUUGGCGAGGCUAUGGACCCCGCCGAGGCUGUGGUACAAGAGAAAGCCCUGAAAUUCAUGGCUAGCUGAUACAAAAAGAGAGGGUUGGGAGAAGAAAAAUAAAGGUCUGAUCCUAGUCAGAAAGCUCUAUACAUCACAUAAGCCACGAAUACACAUGCCUAAAGAUGGAUUCCAACUUACAUCUUCUGGAUACCAAGCAUGGCUAAAACAGUGUUCUAUGCCCCGGUCUCUUUGGCUGGGCUGCUCCAGCCUGGCGGACAGCAUGCCCUCACUGCGAUGCCUGUAUAACCCAGGGACUGGCACACUCACAACUUUUCAGACUUCCUCUGAAAGAGAAGAUUGUAAUAAUGAUGAGCCUCCCAGAAAGAUCAUUCCUGAGAAGAAUGCACUUAGGCAGGCCUAUAACAGCUGUACCAGACUUUGCUUAAACCAAGACACGGUCUGCUUAGGUACUACAAUGAAGACUGAAAGCUGUGUGGCCAAAACAAAACUUGCCAAUGGUACUUCAAGCAUGAUUGUGCCAAAACAAAGAAAGUUGUCUGCAAGCUAUGAAAAAGAAAAGGAGCUCUGCAUCAAGUAUUUUGAGCAGUGGUCAGAGUCUGACCAGGUAGAAUUUGUGGAACAUCUCAUCUCUCAGAUGUGUCAUUAUCAACAUGGGCACAUAAAUUCAUACUUGAAACCUAUGUUGCAGAGGGACUUCAUCACAGCAUUACCAGCUCGAGGCCUGGAUCACAUUGCUGAGAAUAUUCUAUCAUAUUUGGAUGCCAAAUCUUUGUGUUCUGUUGAACUAGUAUGCAAGGAAUGGUACCGGGUGACGUCUGAUGGUAUGCUGUGGAAGAAACUGAUUGAGAGGAUGGUCCGUACCGACUCAUUGUGGAGGGGUUUGGCGGAGCGAAGAGGAUGGGGACAGUAUAUUUUUAGAAACAAACCACCUGAUGGGAUAAUACCACCAAAUUCAUUUUACAGAGCACUUUAUCCCAAAAUUAUACAAGAUAUAGAGACAAUAGAAUCAAACUGGCGUUGUGGAAGACACAGCUUACAAAGAAUCCACUGCAGGAGUGAAACUAGCAAAGGUGUUUAUUGUUUACAGUAUGAUGAUCAGAAGAUAGUGAGUGGUCUACGAGACAAUACGAUUAAGAUCUGGGACAAAAAUACCUUAGAAUGCAAGAGGAUUCUGACUGGACACACCGGGUCAGUCCUUUGUCUCCAGUAUGACGAGCGAGUAAUCAUCACUGGAUCUUCAGAUUCCACUGUCAGAGUGUGGGAUGUAAAUACUGGUGAGAUGCUCAACACGCUGAUCCAUCAUUGUGAAGCGGUACUGCACCUGCGCUUUAAUAAUGGGAUGAUGGUGACAUGUUCUAAAGAUCGUUCCAUUGCUGUUUGGGACAUGGCCUCCCCAACAGACAUUACUUUACGAAGGGUUCUGGUUGGACACAGAGCAGCCGUCAAUGUGGUAGACUUUGAUGACAAAUACAUUGUGUCAGCAUCAGGGGAUAGAACUAUAAAGGUAUGGAACACAAGUACCUGUGAGUUUGUUCGCACCUUAAAUGGCCACAAGCGAGGCAUUGCAUGUCUACAAUAUAGAGAUAGACUAGUUGUCAGUGGUUCAUCUGAUAAUACAAUUAGGUUAUGGGACAUUGAGUGUGGGGCCUGUUUGCGGGUCUUGGAAGGCCAUGAGGAACUGGUGAGAUGCAUUCGUUUUGAUAGCAAGAGGAUAGUCAGUGGAGCCUAUGAUGGAAAAAUUAAGGUCUGGGAUCUGUUAGCUGCGCUUGAUCCCCGUGCCCCUGCUGGAACCCUCUGCCUGCGUACUCUUGUGGAACAUUCUGGCAGAGUUUUUCGACUCCAGUUUGAUGAAUUUCAAAUUGUCAGCAGCUCACAUGAUGAUACUAUCCUUAUCUGGGACUUCCUGAAUGAUCCAGCUACGCAAGCAGAAUCAAACCGCUCCCCAUCCAGAACAUAUACUUACAUAUCCAGAUAAAUGGUACUAUACUCUAAAUUACAGUUGCACAGACUGAGCUGCAAUACUUAAAUGAUCUGCCAGUGCCAGGGCAAAAGAUUUAUCUUCAAAACAGAUUGUGCUGAAGAGGCAGAAGCUCUCAGAGGCUUUUGGAACCAAGUUCUCAUGCAGUUGAUCUCAAAAAAGUUCUUCUCAGCACAGCUGACUGCUUGGGUGCUGCUAUAUCAAAGAUUUCUUUUAUCUUUCCUGAAUGACUGAUGUGCACACUUUCCCUCUUCACAAUAAGUCCCCUCAACAAUUCUUAUCCCCGUGCUGACUUCCUAUAAAUAUAUUUAAUAUGUCAGAAUUUCUUGCUUGGCUCUUAAGCAGAAAAAUCAUUACCAUCAUUCAUUCAAUUGGGAGAUCCCUUUUGAUGAGCAAGUAAGAGAGGAACAGCAGGCUGAUGCCUCUACUUUUAAGACUUAUAUAGAUGGUCCCUCUCUUUCACUGUAAUAUGGCCUUGGACUGCAAAGAAUUGCCAGGUUAAUGCCAAAUGAAGGCCCAGGUGGCCGGAAACUAGUUAAGUGGUCAUAAUGGGAGUUUAAAACAAUUUCAAUUAAGACCUUUGCAUUUAUUUAUCUGUAUCAAAUGUUAGUCUGGGAGAUGCUAGUAAAUGAAAAUGUAAGUUUUAUUUUUUAAGUCUAAUAUUGCUUAAGUGGAGAGGUUUAUUGAUCAUCGAUUUCCUUGUUUUGAUGGAUACCAUAUUUAAGGAAGGCAUAGUACAAACAGUUACAGAAACUACAGGGUUGCCUACACACUUAUAGCUUCCUACCUUUACCCUACAUCUAUAUUAAAUAAAUGCUCGCAAAAAAGAUCUUACUCUUCCUACAAACCACUUGAAUCAUUUGUGAAUGGACCAGCAUUUUUGUAUUCUCCCACCUAAUUGGAAAGGAACUUAUAAAAUAAUUGAUAUUAUGACUCCACAUUUCAGCCUUCAAGCUGGAAGCCCAGUUUAUGUAGGAAGAGAAAAUAGUGUGGGGGGAGGGGGGAUUGAAAGUGUUUGGUGCAGAUUUAGAGAUAAAAAUAAACUUGUUCUUUAUUUCUGAGUAAUCCCAUUAAAGGCCAUUAGGCAGUCACCAUCACCAACUGGGGGUAUUGGAAGAUAAGAGCUGAAUUCAAUUGGCAAAGGUUUGUUUUUAAGUAUGAAAUUCCAGAAAACAAAAUGCUUAUGUUGCUAGAGUAGUAAUUGCACCUGUGCAAAUUCCUAGUAGCAAUCUCAGUGGAACCUACAUUGAUGGGAACAGAGAAUAUUUGGGCAGCUGGUUCUGUCUAUAUUUUUUCAUCCCAUAUAUUAUCUAUUAUCAGCAAGGAAGUAUAGCCUGAGACAUUGGUUUUCUUGGGAAAGAUGCUAAUCCAAUGUGCAAGUGUGUCUAAAACGUAAUUAUUUUGAGUUCAGAUUUUUUUUGCUACUACUAAUUACUUCCUAUAGCAAGAGGAGAAGAAAGAAUUAAGUUAUGGUUAGAAAUUUGCUAUUACCCUUUAAUCAUUCAUGAUUGUUCUCCUAUGUACAAGGCCUACAGCUUUUGCCAUGUGUGCGACAUGCAGAACAGAAUAUCAGGAGAUUAUUAUCAUCUUCAAAUCAGCAUUUCUCAACCUCCACAACUUUAAAAUGUGUGGACCUGCUGGGGAAUUCUGGGAGUUGAAGUCCACAUAUCAUAAAGUUGCUGAGGUUGGGAAGCACUGAUUCAAAACAAUGUUUUCUCUCCUGAAUGCCCUCAGUGUUUGUGCAUGUGUGAUUGUUUUCCCCUGCUCCCGGAUGGAGUUUUAAAUAGGGUAAGAGGUGGCUAGCGCAACUUUGCUUGUAUAUUCAGUCCUGCUCCUUCCUGCUGUUUUCCCCAAACAUUUUCCCCAAGCUGUUUGUUUCUGAACAAACCAAAUACUGGCCAGAUAAUCUUGAUGUACAAAAUAUGUUUUCAUAGAGAAAGUCUCAAUUUCAAGGAAAAAGCUGAAAUUCAGCUAUUUGGAUAGAAUGAUGAUAAAUUAUUCAUUGCCAUGAAAGUGGCCACAAAAGAAAGACUUUUUCUUUUCAACUUCACCCUGCAUGAACUUGAAAGAGACUUCCUGUUGAAUCUCCAGUUCUCUACUAAGGCUUUGUGGUUCAUUGGCUCAAAAUAUUCCACUUUGUGUUUUCUCUUCUCUUCAAAACAUUAAAUGGAUUGACUAAAUAUGUAAUUCUCACAUAUCUAAAGUAAAUUUUGCUUUGGAAUGAAUACUAACUUGGAAUUGUGAAUUGUAUAUUCACAAGUGGAAGCAAAUUAGAGCACAACUAAAUUUUAGUCAUAAGAAAAAUUCUUACUAUAAAAAUUUGUAUUUCUAAUACUUGCAAUUGUUUAUUUAAAACAAAAAUGUUCAAUUAGGGACACAGCUGAAUAAAGGAAUCCCUUGUAAUAAUGCUGAGGCAUUUUCACUGUUCCAUCAUCAGGGAAGCUGAGCAUUUUAAAGAUUAUAUUAAGAAUUUAUGUAUGUUUAUAACAUUAAAAUGGGAUAAGCACCCCACUAUGCAGUUAACAAAAUCCAUUUUGAUUAAAUAAGAGACUAAGGAAAAGGCUUCAUGUGUAUUCCUCUUUUCUGGUCCCACAGAUAACAAUCUUUUUGAGCCUGUAUGAGUAGUGGGAUUUCACACUUCCCAAAAUUAAACGUUUGGGGAUUUUACUCUUUCUGAGUGAAAUUCUAAUACAUCUAGUAACAGCAGCAUCAAGAGAAUUGUAUGUCUGUGUAAUUUCCUGCUGCCCUCUUGGUUUGCGAAAAUCUUUUAAAACUAUUUAUUUUUUUCAUUUUAAGCAGCCUAUGUGAUGCAAUUUUAACAUUGCAAGCUAUCCAUAAUUAUUUUUUUUCUCCCUUCCUAAAUAAGCAAAUUAUUAUUUUCCUGAAAUAGAAAACCUUCCAAAGAGUUGUUCUUCACACUAUAUCUAGAUAAUCCUCAACCUUCGUUUUUCUGACAUUCACCUCAUAUAUCCAGCUGAAAGUGAACCAACAAUAGUAAUGAAAGCACAAUUAUCCCCUUCAUGCUGACUCGAACAGGGUUCAGAUGCCUGGAAUGCACAUUCAGGAAGCGGCAUCUCUGAUAAAAUAAUUUUGGCUUCCUCCUGAUUUAUAUCAUGCCUACUGGAAUAAAGCAUAGAUGCAACUCAUCCUUUAUAGAGCACCAUAGGGAAAUUUCUGUUGGUGUUCCUGUCUGCUUUCAAAGCCAGAGCCUUUUAAGACUUUUGUUUUUCAGUAAAGUUACAUAUCAAAGAGAUUGCCUAGUUUUACAAAAUGUAAUUGGGCUGUAACUCUUCUGUUUUUAGAGACAGUGCUCAUUCAAGUAACUACAAUUAUUUAGUGGCCUUUCAGUGGUACCAGAUAGCUCAGAAAUGGGACCUUUGAUAAACCUUAUAAUUGUCUGUGCUAUGUAAUAUUUUAUUAUGCUUUUUCUGGAACACCCACAAAUUGGUACAGUCACAUUUCUAGAUGCAGAAAUAUCUGCAUAGAAUAUUAGAGAGCUUUUCUUGAAAAGGUACAUGAGAUUCAUAGGUUGACUUAUAUGGAUAAAAAGGACAACAUUUAAUGCUCACAGUAAAAAAUAAUCAAAUCACUAAUGAAUCUAAACUUAAUCUUUAUUUGCAUAUACUGUAUAUUCAGGAUUUAGGACAACAUUAAAUGUUGAGCAAGGCAUAGUGAAACUAUUAUGGCUAUGAGGAGCUGCAUGAGAAAAAUAAAACUGAAGAACCAUGAAGGUGGACUGUAGAUACUAAAGCUCUUUGAUCAAAGCAAUUCACAUUUAUUUUGCAUGUUUUUAAGGGUACAUUCACUACAAUGAGGGCUACAAAUUUCUCAUUUGUCUAAAUAGGAAACAGUUAAUUUAUGCUCCUCAGAUAUUUUUAAAAGUGUAGCCCUGACAAUCCUUAUCUAUUGGUUUGGCUAAUUUAACUAAGGGAAAAGGGAAGUUGCUGUUAAUCUACAAAACAGAAAAUAAUAGUAAACCUUUUUAAUAUCUUCACUCUAAAAGUAUAAUUGUCAAUCGUAUUUUAUUUUUCAUAGCACAAAGGAAUUAGGAUGUUACUUCCAAAUCUGGUAAAACAGAAUCAUGGCAAUGUCUCUAAUAACUUGUUCCUGUUUUAAAACAAAUAUCUCAAAGACCAAUAUAUGUUUAUUGCAACUGCAGGAAAUGCAAAUAAUCCAUACAUAGGUGAUUAGCAAGCAAAGGUGUGGUCUUAUUUGUAACGCUGCUCUUUGUUCUUUAGUUUCUAGAACUGGUGAGUGCUUUGGAAUUUUUGUGAUUAUGUUUUGGUGAUGUGUAGUUUAUGUACUAACGCUCACUUGAGCUAGGGUCAUGAUAAGUGUGUUUUUUAAAAAAAAAUUAACUCAUCAAAAAAAAGAAUAUAAAGACAAGAUUAAGCUGUGAA